AUGGCUGGUAAGCUAUGGUUCCAGGAAGCGCGUCGGCGACUGCUAGGACGGACCGGCGCAGACUCAGAUAGAAUAGAACGUCCCACGCCAGCAGCGAAAGACACGGCAACUGCAGAUCCCGAACCGCAAGACACGAACCGUCCAGCGAACCGAGAUACAACCCGCGGUGAACUCGAGUCCACGACCGAUGAGCAACUCUCGGCCCUCUUCUUUACGCGACUGCCUCCCGAGCUACGUCGCAUGAUCUACGCCCAGGUCUGGUCCCACACAGCCGGCAACGGCCGCAUGCACCUGGACUCGGGCGGUAGCGCAGACGCUCCUCUACGGCAUGUACCUUGCGUUGUAGGCCACGUACAGCAGGGGGCUGUCAACGCGGGCGGUGCGCUGCAACCUGAGCAGGGGAUGCUGUGGUGGACGCAAAACCAGCUGCUCGCGCUGCACUGGGCCGCGCAUGCAGAAUGUGCCAGGGCGAGCCGUCUAAGGCCAAUACGGGAUACCAGUGUGCCUGAUCCACAGGAUGAGGAAGAGAAGCGGGGGCAAGGGGCGUUCAUGCCUUUGUUCCUGACCUGCAAACGAAUGUACUCAGAGUCAAUAACAACGCUCUUUGAGACGACCACCCUUAUCUUCCAGUCAUCGCUCGACGCGACGUCCUUCUUCACGCCCCCGAAAGACCGUCUACCCAACCGCUACUUCCCAACACUGCGAUCAAUAGAGAUUAACCUUGCCUACGAGUACGACCAUGUAUACCUACACAGCAUUGCAAAUCCGGAGGGGCAUCCCAGACUCCCAGGUGCCGAUGGCGUGGUGGUUGGAAUGGCCGCGUGGGACCGACUCGUCAGGGCCCUUGCGGCGGCCGUCCCGGAACUGGGCGGUUUGGAAGUGUUCAUCAGCGGCAUGCCGCCGAUGGGGAAACGUGCAUUCGCGGACACGUUUGACUCUGUGGGGUGGAGACCCAACAGGUUGAGGUUGCAGUUCCCGACGAAUUUACAGCGGUGA